AUGUCUGCGGAGCAAGCUGCGGCGAAGCUGACUUCGGCAGCUGCGGCGGGCAAUGUGCAGCGCGUGAGGGAGGUGCUCGAUGACUACUGCCUGAGAGAUCUGCCGCAGGACUAUGACAACCGGACCGCGCUUCACCUCGCCGCGAGCAACGGGCAUGGCGAGGUCGUCGCGCUCCUGAUCGCGGCGGGAGCGCAGCCCAGCAUCUGCGACCGCUGGGGCGGCACGCCGCUGGACGACGCGAAGAGGCACGGGCACGCGGCGGUCGUGGCGCAGCUGGCCCGAAGCGGGCGGCGUGGGCGGCUCGGGCCUUCAGCGGAGCGGCCUCCGCCGCGAGGACUCG